AUGGGUUUACAUCUCUUACUAGUUCUAAGUCUUUGUUUGUGCUACAAAGCUGUUGGAGAAGGAAUAACCAAUGUGAAGCCAAUUCAGCAAAGAUAUGACCGUGAAUUUGAUUGCGUGGAUAUAUACAAGCAACCGGCUUUUGAUCAUCCUUUACUUAAGAAUCACAAAAUUCAGGCACCACUUGAUCCCUCAUAUUUUGGUAAGAUGGCUCCAAGUUUUUCUGGAAAUGUGCUGAAUAAUUACGACACCAAAAUUGGUAAAUUUUCCAAAAUUGGCCUUCAAGAUGAAGGUUGUCCACCAGGAAUGUUUGCUACAUAUCACACAAAAUCGAAUAAUAGAAUUAAUCAUGGUGCUCGGGCGAUCAUCUCUUUGGAAAAUCCAAGUGUGGAAAUGGGCCAAUACAGUAUGGCUCAAAUUUGGGUUCAAAAGGGACAAUUCAAUGGACUUGAAAGCAUACAAGCCGGUUGGGCAGUGGAUCCAGUGUUAUACGGUGAUAGUCGUACACGAAUAACAACAUAUUGGACAGUAGACAACUUUGGGAAAACUGGUUGUUUCAAUUCUGAAUGCCCUGGGUUUGUACAAGUGCAUCCUCGUCUUCACCCUGGUUCGCCUUUCGCCAAUAUUUCUGUAUUUCAAGGACAACAAUUCGUUACUGAUAUUUUGAUAGCUCAGUGGGUGAAGGGAGAGCUUGAUGAUGGUGCACAGUUUGCAGUGGCUAUGCUUGAUGAUGGUGGAUUGAUCGUUCAUGGUGGCUUGGGUUGUGUGUGA